CUAUUAGUUUUGUAAAUUUGCCGCAUUCACUACUCGUAACUCUACUUUGCAAAUUAACAGUUUCAGUUUUCAAGCACAAACUCUGUGUGAUGGAUAUGAACGACCCUUUGGAUUUCGAAGUAGAAGACAACCUUCUCAAAUCUCCUCCAAUCAACAAUAAAAGGAAGAAAGUUAUUGGGUUGGAUGAUCUUCUUAAAGACCAUUAUAGAGAACAGGACAAGCUUUUGGAGAAGCAGAAGAAGGCUAAAACUAAGGCAAAGAAGAAUAAAAGUACUUAUGAUGAUGAAGAUAGCAAAGAAGCCAAGUUAACUAGGCUAGUUGAGAAAUGUCACAAUCAGUUGAAAGCUUUCGGUGAAGAUCAAGAAAUUCCACCUUGGGGAAUAAAAGUUUUUGGAGAUCAGAAAUCCUUUCCCUCUCUAGAUUUUCCUGAUACUGGAGGUUGUAACCUUUUACAAUCUUUUUUGAACAACAAGCUAAAUUCUGUGGUUCAAUUGGCCUCUGACAAAGGAGAUAUCUUUCUUGAAGGGUUAUUAGUUAAUGGCUGGCUUUCAAAAUUAGCUUUCCUGCGUGGUCAUGUUGAAAAGCCAGUAGCCAUUUGGGCCUUCAACACAAUGUUAUAUUCAUCCAAAAAAGAGCUCCAAAACUCUUCUAGUGACUUUUGGUGUGCAAUUCUCUCUUUUGAAAAGGAGGUUGAUGAGUUGCCUGUCAAAAUUGAUUGGUUUCCUGGGUAUACAGAUUUGAGAAGAGCUCUUGACAUUUACGGGUUUCUCUUCAAAUUUUCAUCUAGUGUUGAUCCUAAAUGUUCAGAUUCUGCCAUUGGAGGACCACCACAAAAUAUUAUAGCUUGGGUCAGAUUUGUCACUGCCUGUUGUCUGAUAAGGAGUAAACAAGCUAUGUUUUCUACUGUAGAAGCCGAAGAGAUAGUUGAAAUUAUUAUUUUUCUAUUCCUUGAUCGCCAAUUUCAAGGUUUGCUGGUGCUUUUGAGUGACUGCAUGCAGACAAUUGUUAAUUACUUUACAGACCAGGAAUGGUGCUCAAGUUGUGAGAACAUAGCAAAAUUCAUUUCUUGCAGGAUCUCUAAAGAUUUGAAUUGCAUUCAGACUAUUGAAUGUGUUUCAAAAGUUAACUCUCGUUGUAAGCAACUUAGAAGGACAAUUGCUUAUCAGACCUUGCUUUCUUGUUUUGAUGGAAUUAACAGUGGAGAAGAGAUUGUCAGAUCACUUACAGAAAUUAACUUCAAAGACAAAAGUUGUGAUUUCUUCAAGAUGUACAUUCACUUAGUUUUGACAGAGAAUUGGGUUUUGUCCAACUUAUAUACUGAAGACAAUCCAGUAAUCUAUGAGAUGUUCUGUCUUUUUCUUAGACAUUGUUCUAGCUUAAUUUCAGCCACGGACUUACGAUCAUAUGCAUCAAAGGUUCGUCAUAGGGCAGCAUAUCUUUUGCACUUCUCUAUCUAUAAAUAAUUGGUUUCAGGUAUCUUCAGUAUCCUAUACCCAGAAUUUUAUCAAGUAACAAUGAGAUGAAAAUAUUUUAAAGAAAGCUAUCUAGU